AAAGGUGAUAUUUUGAAUUAUGUUAUGGCAACACUGAAUAUAACGACGUUCUUGCGAGAGUGCGUGCGACAUGACGCGCCGGUGAUUUUUUAUAGUUUUGACGUAAUUUUUCUGUGCAUAAAAAGAAAAUAAGGUUUCACAAUGGCCGAUCAAGUUGACUCAAUGUCAGAUGCCGAGCUUCGGACCAAAUUGGCCGAGCAUGGCUUUCCUGUGAUGCCGAUAACAGCGUCCACGAGAAAGUUGUUGGUGAAAAAGCUUAAACUUGUGUUGGACAACAAGAGCAAACCGCGAAACAGUGUUGACAGCAAAGCAGAAAACAGACGUUCACUCGCCCGGUAUUCGAGUGGUGAGGAGUCAGAUUUAGAUACAAAUAAUGCUAAAGAGAAACGCAAUCGUCGCGCCACUACCGGCGGCGCUAUGUUGCCGCCGGCAAGCAGCAAAACGCGCCGCACACCGCUCAAAAAAGACUCCCCUGCAAAACGUGAUUCUGACAAGGGAUCCGAGUCGGAGGAGGAGACAAAAUCACCCGUUCGCACUCACGAAGAGGUGGAAACGGUGACUACACGUCGAGUGACACGUACAUACGCUGCUAAUGAUCAAGAUGACUAUGAAACAGGCUCUGACAGUGAUGUAGAUGCUGACAAGAAGAGUUCACCUCCACCAAGAAGCAUUUCUCGGUCUAGUGAUUACAUAUCCAGUACUUUACCUGCAACUGACGCGUCCACUAGUCCUCCCAGGAGUUCUAUUUUCUCAAGGCCUUCCCUUGGUACAACUAGCUACCCAUCAUCCAUAUCUUCUUCUGAUCACCUUAAUUCUAUACGCUCACGACUUGGACUAACAUCAACAUUGGGAGACAGACCAUCUGUGAGUAACUAUACUUCUAAGUUUGCUGCUAGUACUUACCAGCCAUCAACAUCAACAGUGGACGAGAUUGAAUCUCCUUACCUGAGCAACUUCACAAGACGUCUCUCUGCACUAAAAGCAGAUCCAAAACCAGCUACUUACCUAGAUCGUUCUGACACGAACAACGGUAGCACUGGCUUGCCUCGCAGGUCAUACAUAAGUGGAGUAUCCAGAUCUGACGUAGUGGAUUACAAAACAGCAAAUGACAGGAAAUUCUUGAAAAAUAAUGUGGUAUCACUUGCCCUGGUUGGUCUAGUUAUUCUUUUUUUUUUUUGUCUAUUUUUCAUGUAUAUAGUUAAGAAAAAUGAUAUCACAUCAGUGGUGGAUGAUCAAAACAGUCUCAUACCUAUAUGCCAGUUGAACAUUCCUGGAAAUAGACCUGGAAUCAACUGUGUACCCAAGGAACAGGUCACUUAUGCUAAAGAUCUGCUAAAAGUAAUACAUCCAGAAUUAACAUCGAGAGCAGCAGCUUUUAAAUGUGGUAAGCCUGGUAUUGUACCAUACUUGACUGAAAGGGAAAUAAUAGAUAUUGCAAGUGCUAGGGCUGAUACCGUAGACGUCAGCCAGUGUCGCACAGACUUAAAUAAUCUGGAAGUGCUUUUGGUAAACAACCCAAGAUGGGGCCUGAGUGUUGUUGAAUUGAAAAGUUUAUAUUCAAAGGAUGUUGAUUUUGCACUAUUGACUUCAACUGAUGUGGUUGUUCAAAAACGUAACAAAGGUAGUGUCGCCAUAACCUUGUCUGACCCAUCAACUCCUUUUACUUGUCUCAUUAUAAACACUUUAUAUUCAGCUGGAUCUACAGCAGUUGUCAUUGGCCUCCUCUCUGUCUUGAUUUUGGCUGCACAAAGAUUUUAUGCAUACUAUGUUGACUACAAGAAAAAGAAAAGUGAAGAGAUCUACUCCAUGGUUGAACAGAUCAUUGAUGUAAUCUCCCAGGAAACUGAGGACAGUGGUGAACCCUACAUAUCAGUAGAUCAUGUGAGAGACACUUUGAUUUCCCCACAAAACAGAGAGAAAAUGGCUUCAGUUUGGGAUGCUGCUGUCAAGUUCAUCCAAAGAAAUGAGAGCAGAGUAAGGAUGGAGGUGCAGUCUGUUGAUGGAGAAGAUUGCAGGGUUUGGAGAUGGAUUUCAGCGCACAGCAGCCCAAAACGUAGUGCUGCUUGGCAGGGACAAGCUUUUGAAACCCAGGAAGGAUCUGUUAACAACUUGACUGUUUCCCCUACCCCUUGCUUGAAAAUCCGUCACAUGUUCGAUAAAAAUGACUCUAAUCCGAACCUUCGCACUGUAAUUCAGGAUGCAAUUUUGGAAAAAUGUGGUGACAGGUGCAACAUCUUGCAUAUUGACAUUGAGCGUAAUUCUUGCUGUGUCUAUGUGAAAUGUGCGACACAGGCGGACGCUGGUGUCGUGUACCGCAGCUUACACGGCUGGUGGUAUGAAGGGCACCUUAUUACCGUGAAGUACCUACGCUUGGAACGUUACAUGCAAAGGUUUCCCAAUUCACCCACUGUGGGCCCCUUUUUGAAACCAUCUCACCAGCGACGCUCCUGGGAUGAGUAACUUAUGGUGCUACACAUCUGCACUGUUUCUGUUCUGUCCUAAUUCUUAACAUUGUUUCAAACAUGGGUACAACAUGCUUGUGGAUUUAUUUAUUGCCAAGUUAACACUGAUGCAUGUAAACAUUGACUUAUUUUGGUCAUAUUAUAUUAAUUAAUGUUAUUUGUUAGUCAUUUGUGGUUACUAAAAUAAGAAACUUUAAUUUUAGGAGUAAACUGUCUUCUUGUCCAAGGAUAGAUUCUGUUUUAUUUAUAAAUAGUGAAAUAGUAAUGGUAAAAUAUUAAUACAGUAACAGGUGUUAUUUCAACAGAAUCUAUCUAUCCUUUUUGCCUUUAUAUUCAUAAUAAGAGUUUUGCAUAAUAGUUUUCAAACUAACCUGAUGUGGACAUAAAAUUCUUAUCUCUUCUUUGGAGCUGUUAUUUUAUAAAAAAGUGGUCUUAUCAUAUUGUUACACCUCAAAAAGUUUGUUAGAUAAAUUAAACAAUUUUAAUAUCAAGCAAAGCUAUGUGUUCCAAUUUUGCAUUUGUCAAUUAAGAUGGUUAUGCAUUUUGUUAACUUAGAUUUUCAUGAACAAUAUAAUUAUAAUAUGAUUCAUAUUGGACAUGGGCAUAUAAAAUGUGUUAAUGUGUAUCUUUAGGACUUGCUUUUUUACAUUGGAUUAAUUAAACUUGCACAUUUUGACAUGCUUUUGUAAAUAUUUGACAUCACAAAUAGUCUCGAAUUCAAUAAGUCAUUAAUGGCUACUGAACACAUGAUAGAUUUUUGAAACAAAUUGUUUUAACUGUAGCUAUAAGUAGGGUAGGUUUCGUUUGUAGGUUAUAUCCCAUUCAUACAUAUGUUUGCUUUAGUUAUUUUCAUAUAUUUUGGCACAACUUAUUUGAUACAAUAUAAGUGUGUUUUUAAUUUCAUAAGAUUGACAUUGACGUUAAUUAUAGUACCUACUAACUGUUCUUAAUUUCUAGCAUUAUUUUUAUGGAUUGAUUUUCUUUUAUAAUAAAUUGGUAUAAGAAA